AUGGGCGAGGGCGGGCUGCCCCCGGCCUUCCAGCUGCUGCUGCGCGCCUGCGACCAGGGCGACACGGAGACGGCGCGGCGGCUGCUGGAGCCGGGGGCGGCGGAGCCGGCGGAGCGCAGCGCGGAGCCCGAGGCGGGCGCGGAGCCCGCGGGGGCCGAGGCGGCCGGGCCCGGGCCCGGGGCGGCGGCGGCGGCCGGGGCGCCGGUGCCCGUGGACUGCUCGGACGAGGCGGGCAACACGGCGCUGCAGUUCGCCGCGGCCGGGGGCCACGAGCCGCUUGUGCGCUUCUUGCUGCGCCGCGGCGCCUCGGUCAACAGCCGCAACCACUACGGCUGGAGCGCGCUCAUGCAGGCAGCCAGAUUUGGGCACGUGAGUGUGGCACACCUCCUUUUGGAUCACGGAGCUGACGUCAAUGCCCAGAACCGGCUCGGAGCCAGUGUGCUCACCGUGGCCUCUCGGGGUGGCCACCUGGGUGUGGUGAAGCUACUCCUGGAAGCUGGUGCCUUUGUGGACCAUCCCAACCCCUCAGGCGAGCAGCCAGGGGCAGGGGACAGCAGGGACGAGCUGUUGGACAUCACAGCCCUGAUGGCCGCCAUCCAGCACGGACAUGAGGCCGUGGUGCGUCUACUGAUGGAGUGGGGCGCAGACCCCAACCACGCAGCCCGAACCGUGGGCUGGAGCCCACUGAUGCUGUCGGCUCUCAUUGGGAGGCUCAGCAUGGCCCAGCAGCUGGUGGAGAAAGGGGCCAACCCUGACCACCUCAGCGUGCUGGAGAAGACCGCCUUCGAGGUUGCACUUGACCGCAAGCACAGGGACCUUGCAGACUACCUGGACCCGCUGACCACUGUCAGGCCCAAGACAGAUGAGGAGAAAAGGCGGCCUGAUAUUUUCCACGCAUUGAAAAUGGGAAACUUCCAGCUGGUCAAAGAGAUUGCAGAUGAAGACCCCAACUAUGUGAACCUGGUCAACGGGGAUGGGGCAACCCCAUUGAUGCUGGCAGCUGUCAUGGGGCAGCUGCCUCUGGUGCAGCUGCUGGUGGAGAGGCAUGCUGACGUCGACAAGCAGGACAGCGUGCACGGCUGGACGGCCCUCAUGCAGGCCACCUACCAUGGGAAUAAGGAAAUUGUCAAAUAUCUGCUAAACCAAGGGGCUGAUGUCACUCUUCGUGCAAAAAACGGGUACACGGCCUUUGACCUAGUGAUGCUGCUGAGCGAUCCUGACACAGAACUUGUUCGACUGCUGGCGUCUGUCUGCAUGCAGGUGAAUAGAGACAAGGGCCGGCCCAGCCACCCACCACCUCCACCUCACUCGAAGACCCGACAGCCCUGGAGUGUCCCAGUGCUGCCCGAUGACAAAGGCGGGCUUAAGUCCUGGUGGAACCGAAUGUCCAAUCGGUUCCGGAAGCUCAAACUGAUGCAGACCCUGCCCCGUGGGCUCUCCAGCAACCAGCCUUUGCCUUUCUGUGAUGAGCCAGAGUCAGCGCUGGACUCCACAAUGAGGGCGGCCCCCCAGGAUAAGACAAGCCGCCCGGGGCUUCAUGAUGUGGCCCCCACAGUGAAAGAGAAUGGUCCUGGGAGCACAAGAGGAGACAAAGAAGAUGUGUUAUUGACAACCAUGCUGCGCAAUGGAGCCCCCUUCCCCAGACUCCCGAGUGACAAGCUGAAGGCAGUCAUCCCCCCUUUCUUACCCCCUUCCAGCUUUGAGCUGUGGAGCUCCGAUCGGUCCCGGACAUGUCACAGCGGGAAAGCAGAGCCUAUGAAGACUGUGCUGUCCCAGAGAGCCGGCCGGGGCGCCCCCGUGGGCGUGGCUGGUGGGAGCACAGACGCUACUCCUGGCAGGCCGGUUAAAUUUCCAUCUCUCUCCAGAAGCCCUGCCUCUCCUGCCAAUUCUGGAAACUUCAACCACUCACCUCAUUCCUCAGGUGGCUCCAGUGGGGCAGGGGGCUCAAGCAGGCACGGUGGGGAGCUGCAUAACCGCUCAGGUGGCAGCAUAGACAGCGUCCUGUCACAAAUCGCUGCCCAGAGGAAAAAAGCAGCCGGAUUAUCAGAACAGAAGCCCAGCCACCCAUCAGGUCCUGUUGGGCCAGCGCCAGGGUCCAGCUCAUCUGAACUCCCAGUCUCCCCAGCAGGCAGCGGAGGUCCUGGUGGCAAGAAACUGGAGACGAGCAAAAGGCCUCCGUCUGGAACUUCCACUACCUCCAAAAGCACCUCCCCUACACUCACACCCUCCCCUUCACCCAAGGGGCACACGGCUGAGUCCUCGGUGUCGUCCUCUUCAUCCCAUCGGCAGUCCAAGAGCAGCGGGGGCUCCAGCAGUGGCACCAUCACUGAUGAGGAUGAACUGACUGGAAUCCUUAAGAAAUUAUCCCUUGAGAAAUAUCAGCCCAUUUUUGAGGAGCAAGAGGUGGAUAUGGAGGCAUUCCUCACGCUCACGGACGGCGACCUGAAGGAGCUGGGUAUUAAGACCGACGGGUCCAGGCAGCAGAUUUUGGCAGCGAUUUCUGAACUGAAUGCAGGCAAGGGACGCGAGAGACAAAUUUUACAGGAAACCAUUCACAACUUCCACUCUUCCUUUGAGAGCAGCGCCAGCAAUACCAGGGCCCCUGGAAACAAUCCCUGUACAUGAUCUUCCCUCCCGUGGUCACCAGCCUGAGCUUUCUGAAUCCCAGUAUUGUCCUGUCAUAGCAGUGCUCCAGCCACCAUCAGCUCUUCCCCAUUCCCUGAAACAUGCCACACUUGGACACACCACCAUGCCUGUGUCACAUUCCCUCGAAUGCCUGUCUUCUCUUGCCUGCUGUAGUAGUUGGUGACCCUUGCUGCUGUCACGCAAACGCAGUAGACUUAGCCUCACAUGAAGUCCUGUAUGGCUGCUUCUGCUUGGCAGGUGGCUUCCCGCUAUGAUUUGGGGACCCACUUCCUUCCACCUCAUGGCCCUGUCAUCCCCAGGGGCCUCAGCAUCUGGCUGGCAGUUUCUGGCUGGCAGAAAUGGGAAAUGCAUGGUGGAGAAGGCACAGCCAUUCUUAACUACCUUCCUCUUGACUGCUAGUGUUCCAUCCACUCCUGUUCACGUUCCAUUGGCCACCAGUAGUCACAGGGCCCCACCUGGCUGCAGAGGAGGCUGGGAAAUGCAAUCUUUGUUCAGGCAGUGGCUGCCCAGCUGCAAGUCUGCACUUAGCUGGGGCAGCACAUGUUCUAGAGGAAUCUUAGCCUUCCCUGGCAUGUCUUCCUGUAAAACUUCUAACUUGUUCUUUGGUAUACAAGUCACCUACCCAGUGAAGCCUUUCUUGACUCCCUUACAUAGAACUAACUUUUCAGCCCACACGGUCCCUUACUGCUUGUUUGUAACUCUGUUCUAAUGCUUGGCUGCGCCUACAGCAUACAACAUACAAGUGUUCAGGACAUGUAUGUUGAAUGCAUUUUUCUUCAUUGCAACAGCAACCUUUUCUGUAGGAAAAAAGAGUAGGUCCACUGUGUGAUCUUGGAUUCCCUUCUCCUCUGUGGCCUUCAGUGUCCUCACCUGCAAGAUCAGGGGUUGGGCAGGAUGAUGCUGUGAUAGUCUACGCACCUCACCCCAUGUCACUGUAGGGCUUCCUGCACUUCAAGUGGGAGCAGAAGACCCUAAUACAUUACGUUGUGGAAGGAUUUUGGUGCUCAAACUUUCUAGACAAAGGAACCAAGUGUUUGGAAUUUCUUGUACACCCCAUUAAUGCUGUUCCUCAGAAGGGAAUUGGUGCUUAUAGUUCUCUGCGGUGUCAUAUUACUUUAGUGGACUCUGACUUCUAAAACCCAGUAGCUUUUGGAAGUGUUUUCAAAUGAGUAAUUUGGCCAACACUUGCUGCAUUUCUGUAAUGUGCUGGGUGCCGGGGGUACAGAGACAAACUAGAGCCAGCCCACCCUUGGGGACCUUGAUAGGCACGAGAAGACGUGAGUGGACAGUCCCAACCUUGAGAGACAGCAUGGCACAGGGGAGCUUGUGCUCUAGACUCGGGCUCCAAGUUCACCUGCAGCCCCAUGCCUGGCCAGCUGCGUGGCCUGGGACAGGUCACUUAACCUCUUGCUCGGAGCUGAGAGCCACCGUGCAGAAAGCAUUGGGUCUGCACAAAGUCUGCAGUUGACCACAGCCUUCACAGAGUUCCCAUCUUUGCCACAAGCCCCGCCAGGCCACAUGAUGACCUCCUUGGGAGGUGUGGUCUCUCGUGUCCCUCCCCAGCCACGAAGGUCUGCUCCCCCUCCACGGCUUCUCGAGGCAGCCAUGACCACGUCGCCCAGAGCCACCUCAUGCUCACCCUCCACCUGUUGAGCCAGCUCGUCCUCCAUCCUCUCAGCCUCCCACCAGCCCCAGCCGACUUGCACCGUGACUGGAGAGGGCGGUUUCUCUCUAGCCGUCACUGACAGGCUUCUUUAUAAAGGUCCCUCAAGGCCAGGCCUUUAAGGAGACGUGGUCAUUGGACACCUACUGCGUGCAUCAGCCUGACCUCCCCACCACCCCAGGGAAUCCUGCGCACCCGGGAGACCCAGAGGGAAGCUGCGUGCUGGUUACACAGCCCGGGUGGGCAGAGCUGGCCAAGAGCUGGACUGGCGGGCUCCCGGGCCCACGCCUCUUCCACUGAUCCACGUAGCCUCCUGGAGCUGGAAGCGCCCGGGGUUCUCACUGUUGUACUCGUGGCUUCGGGGGUUGGUUAUCAAUAGGCCGUGGGUUGUUUGCCCCUGAAAUACAUUGGCCCCUGAGUUA